CCGCCCAUGUGACAGCUGGAACAGUGGAGUUCCCUGAGGUUGUGAGUUGUGACCGCGUUUGUGAGUACACAGACAACAAUUCCUGCACUUGGGCUCGAAAAUCUGAAUGAAGACAUGCGGGUAGCAGUGAUUGGAGCUGGAGUCAUCGGCCUGGCAACAGCUCAGAGCAUCUAUGAGCAGUAUCACUCCAUCGUCAGCCCACUGACCAUUGAGGUGUAUGCAGACCGUUUCACUCCACUGACCACUAGUGAUGGGGCUGCUGGCUUAUGGCAGCCAUAUCUCUACGAUAAGGGCAACGUCGAGGAGACAGAAUGGAAUAAACAGACAUUUGACUACAUGCUGAGCUGCCUCAGGUCACCAGAGUCCAUACAAAUGGGUAUUUUCCUUCAGUCUGGUUACAACCUCUGCACUGAACCUGCACCCGAUCCCUCAUUUAAAGAUAUUGUCCUGGGCUUCAGACAGCUCACAGAGCGAGAAUUGCAGAUGUUCCCCGGAUACAAUUAUGGGUGGUUCAACACUGCUGUCAUGGUGGAAGGUAAAACAUACUUACCUUGGCUGAUGGAUUGGCUGCAAAAAAGGGGUGUAAUAUUUUAUCAGAGGAAAAUAGAGUCCUUCAAGGAGCUGGCAGAAACAGGUGCAGAUGUGAUAAUAAACUGCACUGGGGUGAGAUCAGGAGAGCUCCAGCCGGACCCUGAGCUUAAACCAGGCCGGGGUCAGAUUGUAAAGGUAGAUGCUCCGUGGCUGAAGCAUUGGAUUAUUACCCACAGUUUAACAGAAAGAGUCUACAAUUCACCAUACAUCAUUCCAGGGAGUCGUCUCGUGACAAUCGGUGGGAUUUUCCAGUUAGAAAACUGGAGUGAACAGAGCAACAUCACUGACCAUAAGAAAAUCUGGGAAGACGCUUGCCAGCUCGAGCCGAGUCUCAAGCAUGCUAGGAUAGUGGAGGACUGGGCUGGCCUCAGGCCUGUUCGCAGCAAAGUCCGUCUGGAGAGGGAGACCAUACAGUCUGGUGCAACUACAAUUGAGGUGAUACACAACUACGGCCAUGGAGGUUUCGGACUCACCAUUCACCGAGGCUGCGCCCAGGAGGCAGCAAGGCUCUUCGGUCAGAUUGUGGAAAAAGACAAAAAUCCAACAGCUCGCUUGUAAAUUUGUGUCCAUCAGUAGUGAUUGUUGCACUUUGAAUUUCAAUGUCAGUGCCUUGUAUCCUAUACUGUAUAAACUGUUCUUGUCUAUAACUAACAUUCAAAGCAAACAGAUAUUCAGUAUCACAUGCCUUUGGGAUACACAUCACUUUAAAACAAUGUAAUGUUUGUAACUGCAAAGAGGAGACAUGCCUGUUGUUGUCACCGUCCAUUAUUAAUUAACAAAUGGCUCAUUCUCAUGUAAUCAAACUUAAAAAGUAGACAAACUUUUACUAUUGAUAAUCAUCAUAAUGAAUGACAUGUCAUCACAUCUACUUUUUGAAAGAUUAUUUACUUUAGUUAUCAUACACAUUUACAUCCAGUGCAUUGACAAGAAUAUGUGCACACUGACACCUAAUGCAGCACUAUAUCUCAAACACUGACAGGUAGAGAUUCGGCUUGCUGGACCUGUACUAGUUAAAUCUCUUUUUUUUCUGCUGAGUGUGUCACUCAGACUGGGAAAAGUCUGUCUUCACAUCACCUUUGUUACAAACAAAAGUCAAAGACAACAACUAAACCAGGUAUUGAUACAUUAUUUACAGAAAGACAGAAUGUAACAUCCUGCUAAAUGGUUGUGUAUAUAUACAUGUGUGGGUCUAUGUGUGCGCAGCCUCCAAGUCUGGUAGAGUAGAGCAAGAGACGCAGCAUUUAUAGAUCAUAACACCAUAUACACGUGUUAAUGUCAUUUUUUAAAUCAUGUAAUGCUUACAAACUAAUCUGAGUCUGCUUUGGGUGAUAAAAAAAACUCAGAGUUAGAUUUUUACUACUACUUCAGCAUUAACUUACGUAAUGUUGUCUUCAAAUGCAGCCCAGGAUCUGUUGACUUGUUCCAGAUGUGCUACAGUAUAAUUAGGACAUAUUGUUGACUGUAUAUUGUCACUGAUGUUAUUAUGAUCUGAUGAAGGCUUUGGCAGAUUUGUCAGGUUGUUGUAAAUUAAAUGGCUUCAACAUUC